CUUUACGAGCCACUUGCUGCUUGUGCGUCAGAUGGCAGGACAGUGAUUCAGGGAAACUUUUUGCCGUUGGCUUCUUCUCCCCUCCCAGUUCCCUAGACAGGCAGCGCGUGUGAGAGCACAACGGUGUGUUUUCGGGAGAGAGAGCGUGUGUAGGAGGGAGGGCAGAAGGGGUUACAUGAGCAGGAGCCAUGAUGAUCGUCGUCGCCCUUCCUUCAGCCUCUCAGGAGUACAGUACCGGCGUGGAGUCUGCAUGCCUUUAACCUCCUUAUCGUAACCUCUCGGCCGCUUACUGAAUGCAGAAAAUCUUAAAACCUUGUGUGAAGGGGUGUCCUGCUAAGACAAACUAGAGGGGCUCUGCAAGUUAAACCCUCCAGAAGCACCAGAGAAAUGGAACAUAAAACCAUUCAGCUCAAGGAUGCGCUCUCAAUGGAGCACAGAAGGUAGAGCAGGCUAAUAGGGAUGCCAAAGGAAAAAUAUGAUCCCCCAGAUCCUAGAAGAUUAUAUACCAUCAUGUCAGCAGAAGAGGCAGCUAAUGGAAAGAAGUCACAUUGGGCAGAAUUGGAAAUCUCCGGUCGGGUUAGAAGCUUGAGCAUGUCAUUAUGGACGCUGACACAUUUAACUGCACUACAUCUUAAUGAUAACAACCUUACUCGCAUUCCAGCGGACAUUGCCAAGCUACAAAACUUGGUUUACCUGAAUUUGUCGUCCAAUAAAUUACGCAGUUUGCCAGCAGAGCUUGGAAACAUGGUCUCACUCAGGGAAUUGCAUUUAAAUAACAAUCUUUUACGGGUUUUGCCUUAUGAACUUGGACGGCUAUUCCAGUUGCAAACCUUGGGUUUAAAAGGCAAUCCUUUGUCACAGGAUAUUCUCAGCCUCUACCAGGAACCUGAUGGAACCAGAAAGCUGCUGAAUUACAUGCUUGACAAUCUUGCAGUCCAUCCAGAGCAACUUCCUCAAAGGCCGUGGAUCACACUAAAAGAACGUGACCAAAUGAUCCCAACAGCCUUGUUCACAGUUAUGUGCUAUAAUGUACUUUGUGAUAAAUAUGCUACAAGGCAGCUCUAUGGUUACUGCCCAUCCUGGGCUUUAAACUGGGAAUAUAGGAAGAAGGGAAUUAUGGAGGAGAUUGUAAACUGUGAUGCUGACAUUAUUAGUCUUCAGGAAGUUGAGACAGAGCAAUAUUUCACCCUUUUUCUGCCAGCACUAAAGGAGCGUGGGUAUGAUGGCUUCUUUUGUCCAAAGUCUCGUGCCAAAUUAGUAUCUGAACAAGAAAGGAAACAUGUAGAUGGAUGUGCAAUAUUCUUCAAAACAGAAAAAUUUACAUUGGUGCAAAACCAUACAGUAGAAUUUAACCAAGUAGCAAUGGCAAAUUCAGAAGGAUCAGAAGUAAUGUUGAAUCGAGUCAUGACGAAAGACAACAUUGGUAUGGCAGUAUUGUUAGAGAUCAACAGUGAGAACUUUGUGGGAGGUAUCAAACCAGUUCAGAUUGAAAAACAGAUGAUUUUAGUGGCCAACGCUCAUAUGCAUUGGGACCCUGAAUACUCCGAUGUAAAACUCAUCCAGACUAUGAUGUUUAUUUCGGAAUUGAAGAGUAUAAUUGGCUGUCUAAAGCCAGCUACUUCAGGAUCUGAUGGCAGUGCAAUCCCUAUCGUGUUAUGUGCAGAUCUUAACUCUCUGCCAGAUUCAGGUGUUGUAGAAUACUUAAGUAAUGGUGGAGUAGCUGCAAAUCACAAGGAUUUCAAAGAACUGAGAUAUAAUGAAUGUUUAAUGAACUUCAGUUGCAAUGGAAAAAAUGGAAAUUCUGAUGGCCAAAUAACUCAUGGUUUUCAGUUGAAGAGCGCCUAUGAAAACAACCUGAUGCCUUAUACAAAUUACACGUAUGACUUUAAGGGUGUAAUUGACUACAUUUUCUAUUCUAAGGCUCACAUGAGCAUACUGGGUGUUCUUGGGCCUUUGGAUCCUCAGUGGCUGAUUGACAACAGCAUAACCGGCUGUCCUCACCCUCACAUCCCUUCUGACCACUUCUCCCUGCUGGCUCAAUUCGAGCUUCGUCCACCUCUCCCAGCCCCUAUCAAUGGGGUCCACCUGCCUGUGCGAAGGUAGUAGGACCCUACUCAGAGGACUGAAGUCUUUUACUACGGACCUGUACAAUUGUAAAAUCUAAAGUAUAGGAGUGAAGUAUGGCUCACAUACUGAUCCCUUUCAAGACUUGCUUCUUUGAAUGGUUUGCACAUAUUAAAAAGGUUUUAUUUAUUUAUUUUUUUAUUCGUUGCUUGACAUCAUAUUGGCCUUAGAUGCAAACAUUUUUUAGAUGUUUUGGACACUUGCAGCUAAAACUGAAAACACAUGAGGGGGGAAGAAAUCUUGACCACUUAUUAAAAUGAUUGGAUCUUUACCUUCUGGUAUAUUUUUUUAUUUUGAUGCCAUUAAAGUGAAGUUUAGUAACGCUUAAAAAUCAAUGAAAGGCCAACUCAUUCUGUCUGUCUCGAUGUUGCACAUGAUAACAAACCAAAACUGUCUAGGAUAGGGGAAGUUACAAUAUUGUGCUAACCAUUUUACUUGUACUGUAUCUAUCUAGGCUGUGUUUUGUGCACAAGCGUACUCGUUUGUUGUUGCAGAUUCUACCAACAAUAGCCAGUGAAGGAAAAGGAAUCCUCCAUAAGCAUAAAUACUUUUGUGUUUGCAAUCAGUCAGGUGAGACAAAACUCCCUCAAGUGUUAUCCUUAAUCAUAAAAAUGAAGGCUGGUGCCUGGCUUCAUUAUUCCGUUUUCGUUUUUGGAUAAGAUACUUUUCAACCCAAAUUCAAACAAUGUAUGUCAGAUUUUUCUGUUUAUACAUAUAACGUUUGCAAAAACAUUUUUCUGCUUUUAACAGGUUUAAAAAUAAUAGAUUAUUGAAAAUCCAAGUGAUAUUAUUAUUAUCCAGCGACUUUUCAUGUCAUAUGAAACCUUCACAGAUCGUGUACUUAAUCAUGAAAAAAAAAAAUCAAGUAUUGAACUCUGCAGUAGUUUUCUGCAGUUACUGCUUUGCACACAUUGUGCCCAAAUGAUCACGGCAAAUGUUCAUCUUGCUGUAUAACAAAAAGUAAACCCAAGUGGUUUAGCUUGCAUUCACCAUUUCUGUCUGGUUUUAUACAUGAUAGUAUCGCUUAAUUAAGCCAUCGCUUCAGAACAAGCACACCUUGAUGUCCUCCUUUUGUGAGCAUGAGAUUAAGUCCAUACUUCACUCCCAGUAUUUUGUCAGAGCUAUUUUAUUUAAAAAAAUUCUCAUGUAAAGACUGUAAGUUGGGAAUUCCUAAUCCCUCACCACCCAUGUUUUGAUAAUACAGGAAACAAUUUUUAAAACAUUUUGGGGAAAAUGUAUAUUACAAAGGGGUUUUUCACUGUACACAUAUUGCCACUUUGUUGUGAAAGGGUGUUGAUUUGGAAUUUCUCUGCUGCAAAAUGCACCUUUUUAAGCCAUUGUCAACUUUUGUAUUCUUUUAAUAAAGUGAAUUUUCAACACUACUGGGGGAAAAAAAAUUCAGGAAGUGAAACACCUUUGCACGAAUCCAUUGUAUAACAUCUCCCAUCGAGUAUAAACAUUUCUGUUCCGCGAAUUUACACAUUUGAUGUUUUAAUUCUGAGAUUACACCACAACUAAGCAAUAAAUAACAUUUUUGAUCUUUUUAAAAUAGCCAUGAGUGUAGCUGCCAGAAAUACUUUAUUGCACUGUUCUUUGAAAUAUUUGACAACUGGGAACAAGAAGCUAGUAAUAUUUAUUUGAAGUAUUUUGUUACAAAGGUGGUAUAAUGUAAUACAGUAAAGGUUUAAAAAAAAAAAAAAAAAAAAAGAGUACAAACUGAAGGAUAUUACUUUCUAUUAACCUGAAUAAACUGUUACACAUUGUUGGCCACACAGAUAUCCAAGUCUUCUUACGUUAAAGUACAUCAUCUGCAUUAUGUGUUUAGCUACUUGUGGGUGGUUUAGAGAAUACUUGACAUUUUAAUCAGAAUCUUGUAGUUUAUCUGUAUUUGAGGAUGGGGCCCCUAAAUUCACUAAGAAUGCCUUCAAGCAGUAGAAUGAAAAUUGGUUUGUACCAACUUAUGAGUCACAGGAAGUGUCUAACAAAUUCUGGUGGACUCACGAUAUUAUUUUUCAAGUCAUUCCCUGGUUUACAUCAUUGACAUGGCUUUUUCUAACAAUAAUACUGCCUCAGCAUGCAGAGAUUAUAAAAUAAAAAACACCCUUCUACAAAAAGGUUUUUGGAGUAAAUGCCUUGUUAAGGUUUAUGAAAUUUUGCAUUUUCUGCAACAAAAACAUGAGCAGGUGUUUUAGUUAUUUCCAUUUUGGAUGAGGGGUGUUGACAAGCAUGGGACAUUUAGCAGCCACAUACCUAUGAUGGCACAAAGAGUUGUAAAACCAGCAUUCCUUACCUUUAAAGAGUUGAGUUUUUUCAAUGUCAUCACACGGGUGAAAAGAAAAAAAGAUAAAGUCCACAUUUUUCCCAUAAUGGGUUACUCUUUUCUUACACGAAAUGCAGGUCUCUCAAAGCUUCAUAUCACUUUACAGGGUGACAGUGACGACAUUUGGAUACUAGCACUUGGUUUCUAGGCCUUUUUCAUUUUUUUGUCCAGCAAGUCAUUAAUGAAUUGUUCUUAAGUUGUGCAUUUCCUUUUGUACAUGUUUUUGAUAUAAUUGUUAACAGAAAAAAGCCAAAAGUACAAAAUUGCACUAGAUUUUUUAAGAGUGUUGUAAAUUUGUUUUUAAGACAUAUAUGCCCACAAAUUCAGCUGAAUGUAUUUUACCUGUCAGUAGAAAUAAAGAAAAAAAGUUGUCUUAAUGUUGCUUGCUGUAACCUUAUGUCUCCCAUGAAUAUAUUUUAACAGACACAGUAUUACCUUGUUAUCCACACAGUGCUUUAAAUUAUUUUAAAUUUUAUCAAGAUUUUCAGUAAAGUGGUUCCUCAUGAAAAAUAGCAUAUAUAAUUCUGACAGCACUUUGACUUUACUUUGUUCUCCUACACGCACAACAGUAAAAAAAUGACAUCUUUUCUGAAGGAACAGAUUUUUAUUUUAAUAAUAAGUAAGGAAUGUUUGGCUAUUAGGCUACAUUCACAUUGGAAACCUCAUUGCUCAAUUUAGAUUUUCUGCUCAGAUCGGAUAUGCCUAUCUUGACAGUUCAGAAAUAUAAGUGACCUGUAUCUUACUGUACUGUGAACGUACUGUUACUCCAGAAUGGCAUGCAUGCGCACAUUGAUACAUUUGUACAUAAGUCAUAUACGUUACCAACAGCAAGAAACUUCAUAGUUGUGAGAUGACUUGUGGUAUUAAAACCAACAAAAUGAACACCCUAGUGGCUUGUGUACUGUACAUUAGGUCGAGAAGGUGAAGAAAAGGCCAUAUGGCUCGUUUUUGCUGCACCAAGAGAUGUUUGAGUAUGGGAAAGGAGCCACCAAUGGUGGGACUGUGGCUAUUUUCACAGCUGUAGCUCUCCUCCAUUGUUAUUUUGCUGGUGCUGGCUGAUGACGACCACACUCAGCCCAUACAUAAAAACAAAGAAAAGCCACAUGAUUUCCGAUCUGAUCAUUUUCAUUCAUGUUGCAUGACCACAAAUUGGAUAUGUAUCCGAUCUAGGACCACAUCUGAAAGCAACAUAAAUCUGACAUGAAGAGCUCAGAUUUGUUUAUCCAUCUGAAAACCUCAAAUUUGUGUCACAUUAAGGCAACAAAUCAAAUUUGAGACACUUCAGCCAGAUAAUGUGAAUGUAGCCUUAUUUAGAGAUGAUAAAGUCUGUCAUUCCAACUACUGCGUACAGUAAAUCAGUGUACACAUAUUUCAUAGUAAAUGUGAAAUUGAAACAAAUGUGUAUUUUGUGAUAAUGAAUUUUAUAUACUGGCAAAACGUAGCAGUGUGGACACAGAAAUCUAUGCCACAUUUCACAGCUAAUAGCAUUCAAUGUGAAGGCUUCUUUUAUUUCCUUAAAUUAAAAAGGUGAUGUGAAUCCUUGUACAAGACCUGUCUUAACUGCUCAUAACCCUUAACAGAAAGCAGUAAAGGGAUAUUUGUUGUGACUUCCACUGUUGGCUCUGGAUGUUUGGUUGAAUGUAAAAUUUCACUUAAUUUUUCUUUAUUGUAUCUUUUAAAAGCAAACUGUGUAACCUAUAACAAAAGAGUGAUGUAAGAUACUGUAUGUCUCUGCCUUGUGUUCAGGUAGUGUUUUUUUGUGUUUCAUUUAACUUUUUCCGUUACCUUGGUUAAGUAGCUGGUUCAUGCACUACUCUCAUGAUUUAGUUGCAAGGCUGGUUCAUUGAAAAGUCUUCUGUUGCAGUUUCACACACCAUCUAAAAACAAAUUAAAAUGGGAAAAUGUUUAUUCCAUGCUAAAAAAAAAUGAAAGCUCAACUAAUGUUGACUCGUAUAUCUAACUUUUUAGUGCAGGAUGAACUCCCUCCCUUUUUUCCCCUCCUGCCUAUUUCUGGCUUCCUGUAGGUACCAGUGACAUAUGAAAAUGUAUCUUGCUGCUGUUGUAGUACCUGCACUUUUAAUCAGUUGUAUAAAGCAACACUCACUACUUUUUUUGUAUAUUUUGAUUAUCAAAACUGAAAACCUAUCAGUACACAUUGUUAAGCAAAUAGCCAUUUAUUUUUUCAAAUUCCAUGCCAGCCUUUAUUCUACAUUUUAAAAAUCAUAAUGCUAAUGCUUGUGGUGUAGUGGUUAACACUGCUGCUUUGAAGGUUCCCAUUGCAAAUGUGUAGUCUCCUAAGGUACUCCAGUUGAACCCCAUAGACAUGCAGGUUCGACUGGUUGACCACUGUAACCCUUUUGGGAAUGAAUGCUCCUUGAAUGGACUGGUGAUCAUCCAGGGUUGAGUUCUGCCUUCCACUUGAUGGCAGCCAGAACAGCUUUUAGCCUGUGGCAUAUCUGCAAUGGAAUAAGUUAGUCCGUAAAAUUGGAUUGGACCUAAUAAGAUCAACCAUCAAAGGUAUGAGGAAUUCUUUAUGAAGGAGGAAUGAAUGUGCACUACACGCUUGACUUCUCUGAACCAGCCUUCUUCCAACAAAUUGUCACAUUUGGCACUUUUGGUAACUGACUACCUACUAUACUAGUUGGGGAAGCCCUUCUAGAUAAUCACCAGCUUUUUAUCAGUUACUCCUUUUGUCAAAGUAGAUGUCAUCUUUUAACAGCACAUAAGUACAGCCUGAAACGUGCGAGAUGUGCACUGUAUGGCAGUUGUGAACUAUAAACAUCAAAAUGUGAAACAGAUUGCACAAAGCCAGUAAUUGUGCUAAAGCAGUCCUGCCUUUUAAAGAUUUUUAUUUAAUUUGGCAGCUCCAAAAACGAGGUGCUCAGUUUAUAAUUCUUUGUCCAAAUACCAUGUAUUUUUUCAUAUGGAGUUUGGGUAUUAGUUCUUCAAGGUGUAUAGGGCUAUUUGAAAACUGCUUGUUCUUUUGCACCUCUGUUUUUUGUUUUCCUAAUUUUCAAUUUUGUUUCCUUCUAGGCAAUAAAUAGCCAUUUGAAAACUGCAAA